CCAGCAGUGCCACACAGCAGUGCUACCUACCUUAGCCCAGCAGUGCCACCCACCUCUGCCCGCCCACCAGUGCCACCCACCUGUGCCCAGCAGUGCCACCCACCUGUGCCCAUCAAUGCAGUGCUGCCAGUCAGUGCCACCAUCAGUGCUCAGCAGCUCUGCCAGUCAAUGCCUAGCAGUGCCGCCAGUCAGUGCCCAGCAGUGAUGCCGGUCAGUGCCACCUAUCAGUGCUGUCUAUCAGUACCCAUCAUCAGUGCUGCCUAUCAGUGCCACCUAUCAGUGCCGCCUAUCCGUGACACCUCAUUAGUGCUGCCUAUCAGUGCCACCUAUCCGUGCCACUUCAUUAGU